AUGCCGGACCAGGCCAAUGGAUGGAUGUUGUCAGCCAAAGCAUACUUUGACGUAAAUGAUGCCAUCUAUGAAUCUGACAAAAAGAAGGUCUUUGAAGCACUCUCCCACAUGAAAGAAGGAGUAGCCCUUGCGUGGAAAGAAACCAAAUUAACGGAAUACACAGGAUCGGGCAAAUACCCAAAAUGGACGGACUUUGAAACCGACUUUAAUGGAACAUUUAUUACUGCAGACGUAAAAGGCGCGGCCGGUGCGGCCCUCAUGACAAUUAAAUUGGAGACAGGAGAAACGGCAGUAAAAUUCAAUGCCCGUUCCAUGGUAGAAGCGGGGAAAAGCGGCUUAAAUGACGAAGGACUAAUCAUGGUCUACAAGAGAUGGAUGAGCACUGUCACAGGCCUAGACACCAACUGGACGAACUCAAACAGUAUCAGCGAAAGGAAAUGGGGAAAGAAAGGAGAAAAGAAGAGAGAAGAGAAGAGCAGAAGAAGUCAAUCAUCCUCGGCAAAAUGUUUAACCAAGGACAAAGAAGACGCACUCAAACGAGAAGGGCAAUGCUUUAUAUGCAAAGAACAGGGACAAAUCUUGCGGUCCUGCCCGGAAAAGAAGAAAGGGAAACAACCGGAACGGAAAAUUUGUACCGCAGAAAUUACAGGAAAGGACAAAACAGAAACUGUGGUGGAGGAUGGAAAAGGAAUUUCCCACAUCCUCAGAAUGUGGAAAGAACUCGGAGAAGAAGAUUGCGCCACUGCCAUUGACAAAUUAGAAAACAAGGGUUUUUGA